AAUUUCACAAAUCAAGCUUCAGUUAUUUUUUCACUAGACUCAGACUAGGAGGGUUUUAGGUUUUCAUCGUGAAACCGCCAAUCGAAUUUGAUCAGAGGCGAAAUCGUGAUUCCAAGAGAUAUGGGUGCUCAGAAGAAAGGCGGCGGCGCUAGGGUGGUUUCAGACGACUCCGAGGAGCAGAGCCGCCAACGUCUCCAAGCCAUCCUCCUCGCCGACAGCUUCACAACGAAGUUCCGUCCCGUAACCCUAGAACGCCCCAAGGUACUCUUACCACUAGCGAACGUCCCGAUGAUCGAUUACACCUUAGCCUGGCUCGAAUCCGCCGGAAUCGAAGAGGUAUUCGUCUUCUGCUGCGCUCACUCCACGCAAAUCAUCGACUACCUCGAAACCUCCGAGUGGCACACGCACCCGAACCUGGCGGUGAGAACGAUCGAAUCCCACAAAUCGAUCAGCGCCGGAGACGCCUUGCGUUACAUCUACGAGCAGCAGACGGAGACGUCUCAGAUCCAAGGCGACUUCGUCCUCGUGAGCGGAGACACCGUGAGCAACAUGCCGCUCGCGGAUCUGAUCCGAGAACACAGGGAGAGGAAGAAGAGAGACGAGAAAGCCAUCAUGACGAUGGUCAUCAAGAAGUCGAAACCGUCUCCGAUCACGCACCAGUCGAGGCUAGGAACAGAUCAGCUCUUCAUCGCUGUGGAUCCCGUGACGAAGCAGCUUCUCCAUUACGAGGAGGAUAAGGUCGAUCAUCACGCGAGAGGAGGGAGUGUUUGCUUGGAUAAGUCGUUGAUGGAGAGCAAUCCGUCUGUGUUGCUUUACAACGAUAUGCAGGAUUGCAACAUUGAUAUAUGCUCUCCUGAGGUGCUUAGUCUCUUUGAGGAUAACUUUGAUUAUCAGCAUUUGCGGCGUCAUUUUGUGAAAGGUGUGCUUGUUGAUGAUAUCAUGGGGUAUAAGAUCUUUACUCAUGAGAUUGGGUCGAGUUACGCUGCUAGGGUUGAUAAUUUCAGGAGCUAUGAUACUGUUAGCAAGGAUAUUAUUCAGAGGUGGACGUAUCCUUAUGUGCCUGAUAUCAAUUUCGGUGGGAACCGUCCUCUGAAGGUUGGGAGACAAGGGAUAUACAGGGCUUGUGAUGCGGUUCUGUCGCGUUCUGCUGAUGUUGGGGCUUCCAGUGUUGUUGGUUACGGGACGAAGAUUGGGAAUGGGGAUAGGAUCUUGAACUCGGUUAUUGGGAAUGGAUGUUCUAUUGGUUCGAAUGUGGUGAUUGAAGGGUCUUAUAUAUGGAACAAUGUUACGAUUGAAGAUGGGUGUGAGAUAAGGAACGCUAUUGUCUGUGAUGGGGUGAGGAUCAGAGCAGGGGCUGUUUUGGAACCAGGUGUUGUUCUGUCUUUCAAUGUUGUGGUUGGGAGGGGCUUUGUUGUACCUGCGUAUUCAAAGGUUUCGUUGCUUCAACAGCCGAUGAAGGAAGACAGCGAUGAAGAGCUGGAAUAUGCUGAUAGUAGCAGCGGGACUGCAGAUCGUUUGUCGGGCUUGAGUUUGGAAAUGGAGUCCAAGGCAUCUGAGCUUGGUCCUGAUGGAGCAGGUUACAUAUGGGAAGUAUGUGAAGGGGCACACGAUGAGGAGUGGAAGCAUUCUGUUGCACCAAUCCCUGAGGAUAAACUUGCUGAGAUCGCUCAGGCUAUGGACGAUGAUGACAUGGAGGACGAAAGUGUUGUCCCGACUUCUGGAGAGUUGAAAUCUGAUGCUGAUAGUAUCAACACUGAUGUGAAUGAUCCAGGUGAUGAUUAUAGCUACUUUGAGAAAGAAGUUGAAGGUACCUUCUUAAGGGCCGUUGAGGAGGGUAUCAAAGUGGAACUUGGAAUUUUGGAGAUUAACUCACUUCGUUUGUCAUACAACAUGGAAUCUGCGGAUUGUGCUGGAGCAAUAUUCUACUCUAUGAUGAAGCAUGCAGUUGAUAAUCCACACAGCUCUGCUAGUGAGCUGUUUAAAAACGCCUCGAACAUCAUUGCAAAGUGGAAGGGACUUCUCGGGUUCUAUGUGAAGCAAACUGAUGAACAGAUAGAAGUGAUAAUGAAGUUUGAAGAGAUGUGUCAAGAAACUGCAAAGGAGUUGGGACCUUUGUUUGCUCAGAUUCUGCAUGUUCUGUAUGAUAAAGAUGUGGUGCAGGAAGAUGCGAUUCUGAGAUGGGCGGAAGAGAAAGCCGGUGCGGAUGAAGCUGACAAAGUUUAUCUGCAGCAAUGUGAGACGUUCAUACAGUGGCUCAAGGAUGCUUCUGAGGAGGAAGAUGAAGAAGAUGACUGAACUGGUAAUGAUAAUUCUACCUACUUUGAAAGCCAUUUGAGAUGGUCUCAUAUUUUGAUUGAUCAUUUACGUGUUGAGAGAUGCUCUACUUUUAUCAACAAACCUUAUUUUCCAUCUUUGUUCUUCUGUUGUUUAGUGAGAUACUGUCUCAGCCAUUUGCAGAAGUGCUUGGCAUGUAUUUUGACUAAAUCUCAUGUUUAGCCAUCUUUUCCCGACUUCAGUAAUCAAUGUUUAUUCUUAAAA